AAAUUUACAUUUCCUCGGUGUCUUUUGUGCGUUGUUUUGUUGCGAUCUUGACCUUGGACGUAAUUGAAUUUUUUUUUUCUUUUCAGGAAAUGAUGAUUUUUACCCUGGGGGUUGCAUGUAUCCUAACCCCAAGGAACCAUGUCUCUUCUUGUCUCUUGGCCGUUCUGUUGAUUACUUUCCUCUUCAGAAGAGAUCUCGCGUCAGUUUUCCCUUUGAUAUCAAUCGAGAAUGGUUUGAUGAGCCGAAGCAGAAGGCAUCUAUUGAAUCUCUGCCAGAUGAAUGCCUCUUCGAGAUCCUUAGAAGGUUGCCUGUUGGCCAAGAUAGGAGCGUCUGUGCUUCUGUAUCCAAGCGCUGGCUUAUGCUUCUAAGCAGUAUUUGUGAGAAUGAAAUCUGCAACAAUGGAAGUACCCUAGAUGAUAAUUUGGUUGGUGAUGAUGAUGAUGAGGGAUUUAGCAACGAAGGAUAUCUAUCCCGAAGCUUGGAGGGAAAGAAGGCAACAGAUGUUAGACUUGCUGCCAUUGCUGUUGGAACAGCCUCUCGAGGAGGGCUGGGGAAGCUUACAAUUCGUGGAUGCAAUUCAGAUCGCGGGGUGACUAAUGUAGGUCUCAAGGCCAUUGCUCAUGGAUGCCCUUCUCUGAAGGUUUUCUCUGUCUUUGAUGUUGCUACUAUUGAUGAUGAAGGCCUAAAUGAGAUUGCUAGCGGGUGUCAUAAAUUAGAGAAACUUGACCUUUGCAAAUGUCCCAAUAUUUCUGACAAAUCUUUAAUCGCUAUCUCAAAGAAGUGUCCAAAUCUGGCUGAGUUAUCAAUUGAGUCAUGUCCCAACAUUGGUAACGAAGGUCUACAAGCUAUUGGGAAGUUGUGUUCCAAUCUAAGGUCUGUAUCAAUCAAGGGAUGCUCAGGAGUUGGCGACCAGGGAGUUUGUGGCCUCAUGUCUUCAGCUUCUUAUGUUCUAUCAAAGGUGAAGCUUGAGUCGUUGAUGGUGUCUGAUCUCUCUCUAGCAACGAUUGGGCAUUAUGGCUUUCAAGUUACCAAUCUUGUCCUAAGUGGCCUGCCAAAUGUCAGUGAGAAAGGAUUCUGGGUUAUGGGUAAUGGCCGUGGACUGCAGAAAUUGAAUUCAAUCACAAUCGAAUGCUGCCAAGGUUUGACAGACACAGGGAUCGAAGCUAUUGGAAAGGGUUGUCCAAAUGUGAAAAACUUCCAGCUUCGUAAAUGUGCAUACCUGUCAGACAAGGGGUUGGUAUCAUUUACCAGGGCUGCUCUAUCAAUUGAGAGUCUAAAAUUGCACGAGUGCCACAGAAUUACCCAAAUUGGGCUUUUUGGUGUCUUUUUUCACUGUGCUGCCAAACUGAAGGUUCUUACUCUGAUUAGCUGCUAUGGGAUCAAAGAUCUGGACAUGGAUUUGCCAGCAAUCUCUCCUUGUGAAUCGUUUUGGUCCUUAACAAUCCGUGACUGCCCUGGAUUUGGGGACGCUAAUCUUGCACUACUUGGAAAGCUGUGCCCUCGUCUUAAGCAUGUUGAAUUGAGUGGACUUCAGAGAGUAACAGACGUGGGGUUUCUUCCACUGCUGGAGUGUUCUGAGACUGGUCUGACAACAGUUAAUUUAAGGGGGUGUCUGAAUGUAACGGACAGAGUAGUUUUGUCUAUUGUGAACUCAUAUGGAUGGACUCUUCAGGUGCUAUGCCUUGAUGGUUGUACAAGAGUCACCGAUGCUAGCAUGAUGGCAAUUGCAGGCAAUUGCCCGGUGCUGUCUGAUCUUGAUGUUUCCAAAUGUGCAAUCACUGAUACCGGUAUUGUAGCUCUUGCACGCGGAAAACAGUUCAACCUGGAGAUUCUUUCUUUGGCAGGUUGUAUAUCGGUUUCAGACAAUAGCAUAGCGGCAUUUAAAAAAUUGGGUCAAUCCCUUGCAGGCUUGAAUAUCAAGCGUUGCAGUGCAAUCAGCAGCCGGGGAAUCAGCAAGCUUCAGGAACAUCUCUGGACGUGUGACAUCCUCAACUGAACAGGUUUCCUUAAUUGGAAAUCUGUUGAAAGCUUUUUGGCAUUCAUUCUAUCGAUGAGAUGCCUCUUUUAUAAUGACUGUAUCACUGUGAGCAAUAGUUACCGGGUUCUGGAGUUUUAGGUAUCCCUUUUCUAGUGUUGGCACCUGAUGUUUUUAGCAAUGCUUUGUAUCGGUUUUGCCACCAUGUGUGUCCUUUGUCUUUGUUUCUUUGCAGGAGUAUGUAACGAGUGUGUCCAGUGGUGUUUACCCAAAUUUUCACGUAUGUGAGCCACGUGGCAUGCGUGUUGUUUGGGACUAAGUUUAAUAGUCAAGGGGGCGUCUUGAAGUUCCAGUUGUUACUUUGACAGUUCAAGGUUUAUGAAGCCUUUUGGCUUUGGGUUUGGCUAUGGCAGCCCCAUGUACAGGUCUGUCAUCACAAUCCUUUUCCCUUUUGGGGGAUGGCUUGUUUUUUACCACCAAACCCUACUUUUUUAGGCUUCAUUUUUGGAACUCUUCAUUGUAACUAACCUCUAUAUGCCCCUUGUACUCUAUGUUUAUUUUAUCAAAAUAAUGAAUCAAAAUUUGGUUCCUUGGUGAAAA